CGGCGAGGAGGGAGCGCCGGGCGCGCCAGCGUCGCUCAGCCAGCCGGGGACGCGGAGAUGCGGACGGGGUCGACAUGAGCGAGACCCGUCGCAGAUGUUGGAUCUUUGCUUGGAAAAGCGUGUGGGUACGACUUCGGCUGCCCCCAAGUGUAGCUCCAGCUCUGUGAAGAUUCAAGGGUUGGCAGAGGGGACUGAGAAGACCAUGAAAAUGGACAUGGAGGACGCAGAUAUGACUCAGCUGACAGAGGCUGAGUUUGAAGAGAAAUGUACCUACAUCGUGCAGGACCACCCCUGGGAUUCUGGUGCGGAUGGAGGGACUGCAGUGCAGGCGGAAGCAUCCUUACCAAGGAACCUGCUUUUCAAAUGUGCCACCAACAGCAAAGAGGUUAUCGGCGUGCUGAGUAAAGAAUACAUACCAAAGGGAACACGAUUUGGGCCCCUAGUAGGUGAAAUCUACACCAGUGAUACAGUUCCCAAGAAUGCCAACAGGAAAUAUUUUUGGCGGAUCUAUUCCAGAGGGGAACUUCACCACUUCAUUGAUGGCUUUAAUGAGGAGAAAAGCAACUGGAUGCGCUACGUGAAUCCAGCACAUCCAGCACACUCUGCCCGGGAGCAAAACCUGGCUGCGUGUCAGAACGGGAUGAACAUCUACUUCUACACCAUUAAGCCCAUUCCUGCCAACCAGGAACUUCUUGUGUGGUAUUGUCGGGACUUUGCAGAAAGGCUUCACUACCCUUAUCCUGGAGAGCUCACGAUGCUUAAUCUCACUCAAACACAGAACAGCAACCCAAAGCAACCGAGUGCUGAAAAAACCGAACUUUGUCCAAAGACUGUCCCAAAGAGAGAGUACAGUGUGAAAGAAAUCCUGAAAUUGGACUCCCACCCCUCCAAAGGGAAAGACUUCUACUGUUCUAACAUUUCACCCCUUGCUUCAGAAAAGGACACAGAUGACUUUAGGAAAAAUGGGAGCCCCGAUAUGCCCUUCUAUCCUCGGGUUGUGUACCCCAUCCGGGCCCCUCUGCCAGAAGACUUUUUGAAAGCCUAUGGGAUGGAAAAACCGACUUACAUCACUCACUCCCCCAUUCCGUCCUCCACCACUCCAAGUCCCUCCGCAAGAAGCAGCCCUGACCAAAGCCUGAAAAGCUGUAGCCCUCAUCGUAGCCCGGGGGACACGGUGUCCCCACUGGCUCCUGGCUCUCAAGAACAUCGGGACUCCUACACUUACUUGAAUGCGCCCUACGGCACUGAAGGUCUGGGCUCUUACUCCGGAUACCCACCCCCACCCCACCUCCCACCAGCUUUCAUCCCCUCCUACAAUGCUCACUACCCCAAGUUCCUGUUGCCCCCCUACGGCAUGAACUGCAACGGCUUGAGCGCGGUGAGCAACGUCAAUGGCAUCAACAACUUCGGCCUCUUCCCUAGGUUGUACCCGGUCUACAGUAACCUCCUGGGUGGGGGCAGCCUUCCUCACCCCGUCCUCAGCCCAGCCUCAUUCCCAAGUUCGCUGCCCUCGGAUGGAGCCCGGAGGUUGCUUCCUCCUGAGCAUCCCAGAGACGCAUUUGUGCCAGGGCUCCGCAGUGCCUUUUCCCCUACCGGGGCAGCGGCCAGCAUGAAGGACAAGACGUGUAGCCCCACGAGCGGGUCUCCAACGGCGGGAACAGCUGCCACGGCAGAACACGUGGUACAACCCAAUGCUACCUCAGCAGCGCUGGCCACCCCCAGCAGCGAUGAAGCCAUGAAUCUCAUUAAAAACAAAAGAAACAUGACCGGCUACAAGACCCUUCCCUACCCGCUGAAGAAGCAGAAUGGCAAGAUUAAGUACGAGUGCAACGUGUGUGCCAAGACUUUCGGCCAGCUCUCGAAUCUGAAGGUCCACUUGAGAGUGCACAGUGGAGAACGGCCUUUCAAAUGCCAGACUUGCAACAAGGGCUUUACGCAGCUUGCCCACCUGCAGAAACACUACCUGGUUCACACGGGAGAGAAGCCACAUGAGUGCCAGGUCUGCCACAAGCGAUUUAGCAGCACCAGCAAUCUCAAGACCCACCUUCGACUCCACUCGGGAGAGAAACCUUACCAGUGCAAGGUGUGCCCUGCCAAGUUCACCCAGUUUGUGCACUUGAAGCUGCACAAGCGACUGCACACUCGGGAGCGGCCCCACAAGUGUGCCCAGUGCCACAAGAGCUACAUCCAUCUCUGCAGCCUCAAGAUCCACCUGAAGGGGAACUGCCCUGUGGCCCCCACCAGUGGGCUGCCCUUGGAGGACCUGACCCGAAUCAAUGAAGAAAUUGAGAAGUUUGACAUUAGCGACCAUGCCGACCGGCUUGAGGACAUGGAGGACAACACUGAUAUGACCUCAGUGGUGGAGAAAGAAAUUCUAGCCAUGGUCAGAAAAGAGAAAGAAGAGAGUGGCCUCAAAGUAUCUUUGCAAAGAAACAUGGGGAAUGGACUCCUCUCCUCAGGGUGUAGCCUUUAUGAGUCCUCAGACCUGUCCCUCAUGAAGUUGCCUCACAGCACCCCACUACCUCUGGUACCUGUCAAGGUCAAGCAAGAGACAGUUGAACCAAUGGAUCCUUAAGAGUUUCAGAAAACAAGUGUUUUUUAUGUUCUGACUUGGUGAGUCCGGGUGCCUGUAGCAAAUUGCUUGUACAUAACUCCAGAUCCGCAAAGCUUUUCCAAGGGCAGGUGGUUUCCCGCUCCUCUCUGGAAUUGAAGGACUCCAAAGUUUCUAAAAUCUCAGGGUAUAAAUAAGACAAAAACUCAUUUUCUUGAUAUACAUAUAUAUAUACAUAUAUACAUAUUAUAUAUACUUAUUUACACCCAUGUCUAUAUAUUUGAACCUGUGUAUUUUGAAUAUUUGUGUGGAUAUAUUUGCAUAGCCUUCCCAUUACUAAGACUAUUGACUAACCAUAAUUAUUUUUGCAAUGAUAAUCCUUCAUAAUUUAUUAUACAAUUUAUCAUUCAAAAAGCAAUAAUUAAGAAAGUUUACAAUGACUGGAAAGAUUCCUUGUAAUUUGAAUACAAAUGUAUUUUGUCCUGUGGCCAUUCUUUGUAGAUAAUUUCUGCACGUCUUUUUAAGUACCUAAGAUUUAGUAGACAGAUACAUUAUUUCAGUCAACUUCUCUAUAAUAAUGGUUUAAAAUAAGAUUUUGGUGUUGCCAAAGUUAGACAAUUGAUGUGUGAACUUAUAGGAUUGUAUCAUUUGAACAGCAUUGUAUAACUUGAGGGUAUAUGUGCAGAAUCACCCAGUAAUUUGAGCAGAAGGAACCAGAAAAGGAAUCUUAAGUGUUUAUGUUGAUAGCUCAUAGGUUUUUUUAGCCACAAUUUUGCCAGGUGACAAGAAGGCUUUGCCAACCUGUUUCUCCAAAAGAAUAGGGUCCUCCCACACCACCCCCAAAGUCGUAGGACCUUCUGAGUGGCCACAUGACUUUUGAAUCCUAAUGUAUUAUCUGAAAAUGUGAAUAUGACAAAAUGCCAUGUUUAAGACCACUGAGAAAUCUUCCCAAAGCACAGGUGGUUUUGGAUGUAUGCAGUUUGGGGGCUUGAGUUCUGAGUGGGUUUUUUUGUUGUUAGUUUUUGUAUUUUUAUGUCAAAAUUGCACAGAUGUGGUGCUCUACCAGGAAGGAUUUGAAGUAGGCUCAGGCCACAUUUAAAAAGUAAAUAGAAAAACGGGUAUUCUGGUCAUGUUAGAGUAAAAGCGGGUGAUGAACAUUCCUAUCCCAAACACAUCAAUUGUAUUUUUUUUUUCCUGUAAAAGUUUCUGAGAAAAUUUUUUUCUCAGAUUUUCCUCAGUAUUUUGUGUUUUUACAUUUUAUGGUUAAUUUAAUUGAAGAUGAAUGGGCAUUGCAAAAUUGUUCAACAACAAUUACCUCAUUCAGUAUGUCCAGUAGUGCCAGAAGUGAUGUCUUAUCUAAUGAUUUGCUACUCUAGAGGAGAAACCAAGUGUGCUCCAGAAAGGUAGACUGUUAUUCUGUCUUUUACUCUGCUAAGCCCAAAGAUUACCUGUUGGUAUUCAAAGUGUAGCAAAGGAUGAUGUAUAUUUAUAAAUGUAUUUAUACCACUAUACCAUGUGUAUAUAUAAUAUAUUUAUAACCACUUAAAUUGUGAGCCAAGCCAUGUAAAAGUACCUACUUUUCCUAAGAGCAAAAAACCAAACAAAUAACCCUCCUUCUGAGACUUUUUACUUCAUUGAACACUUGAUGACCUCAUAAUCAGAUCAGUGCUUGGGCACCUCCUUGUCUCUUCCCAGAGACCCUGCUAAGGUGAGGGCCGCGUCACAACCAAGGAGAAAGAGAUCCAUCAGUUUUUGUUACAAAGGACCGUAUGAGAUGGCUGUGUUUUUGUUCUGCCAUAUUAGGAUUAUGUGGCCAUAGUCAAGUCACAAAUAAAAACCUGCUUCCUUACCACUAUGCUUCCUUUUUCUCCCACCUUCCUACAAACUAGCACUGCACUAUUCAGUCUGUAAUUACAUAUAUUCAGUAUUUUGUUCACGUCAACUGAUGUAAGCCUACAAAGAGAACAACAAAUUUUAAGUCGUCCAGGGAAACACAAGAGCCUUACUGCAACUAGCAAGACUGACAGUCUCCCCCUAGCCUUUCUAGGACUCAACCCCAGGACCCCUCAUGCUAGGCAGGCACUUAGCACUGAGCUGCAACCCAGCCUGAGAGAUGAUUUUGAUAUAUCGAGAUUUGAUAAACCUAGUUCUUGCAGGUAAACCAAAACAUCACACUGACACCAAAUGCUUUUUCUCCCAUGUGUUCGUUCUUGCUUUCUUUUGUACUUUCUUAAAUCACCUGAGAGUUUUUAUAAAGAAUGCUUGUUUCCCUUACCGUGUGUCUUUCCUAGGCCUCUUACAUGUGAAUGCUGAGCCCACAAUCAACAGUGGUUUUAUUUUUUUCCUCUUCUCAAAGUUAAAACUGACCAAAGUUAUUGGCUUUUUACUUUGCUAGACCAACAAACUAUCUUAUGUUUACGUACUGGUUUACAUUGUUAUUUAUGUGCUAAUUGUCAAAAUGUAAAUUAAAUAUAAAUGGUCUUGCUUUA